AUGAAUCUUCCUCCGCGGCGCGCCCCAUCACCUAAUGUCCUGAGGAGGUCAGCGAUCGCGAAGUCGGGGAAGGAGUGUGUAUACACUGAAUCGGAGAAGCGCGUAAGCGUGCCAGAGAGCUAUCUCCUACGACUCGAGAGACAAGCGCGGGCUGCAAAUUUCCAGUCAUGCGAUGCACUACCCAGUCCUGCCGGCACAGUGUCAACAGAGAUUGAAUGGACAUUUGCAGGAUCCGAUAACUGGAUUCUAUGCCAGUCGGGACAGUAUCACUACAUCGGCAACUCCUCUUCAACUUACGUUGCUAACAAGCUGAACCCAACUACCAAUCCAUUGGCUUGGCAUUCUUACUCGCACUACGAAGAUACGUCAUGGGUUCGUCGUGUUGUUCUGUCCGAAAUGCCCCAGCUUCCCCCUAUAGACUUUGCCAAACGCCUUUAUCAAGCGCAGUAUGCUUACAUCGGUACAAUUUUUGCUUUUAUGGACGACAAGAGAUUCUACGAGCGACUCGAGCAUGUGUACUCAUCUCCACCAAAGUUAGAAGAUCGUGAAGACUGUCUAAUAUUCUGCCAAGUUUUGCUUGUCCUUGCAUUUGGUCAGAUGUAUUCGGUCAACCAAUGGAUUGGGAACGACGGACCACCAGGUUUCUACUAUUUCAAACAUGCUCUACCCUUACUGCCGCAUGUCCAUGAAGAUGGGUCAGUCUUGUUUGUGGAGGUGCUGAGCUACGUUGCCUACUACAUGCAAACGAUGAACAGACGUCAUUCGGCUUAUUUCUAUAUUGGGCUUGCUCAACGCAUGGCUAUAUCACUCGGCUUGCACCAGGAAACGCUCGACACCGAAACCAGCGAAUACGAACGCGAACGCCGCCGUCGUUUGUGGUGGUCUACCUAUAGCCUUGAGCGCCUUCUCUGCGUCACGUCGGGUCAUCCAGUUUCUGUUAAUGACGAUGACAUCGACUUGCUCGAACCUCGCCCUCUUGACGGAGAAGACCCUUGUCGCUCGAUUGUUCUCCGGUCCUACACGCGACUUUCGCGUAUCCUGGGACAAAUCGGCCACGAUGUGUAUCGCAAAAAGAGACAGUCUGGCAUCACACUACUGGCCGCGGCGCAUAGUAUUAUGAAGAGUCUGUCCGAGUGGUUUCAGCAGCUUCCUGAAGAAACACGUAUUGAUCCAGAUAAAUUGGACAAAUGCGUCCGUCGCGAACUCGUUUCGACCUACCUAUAUUACUACCAAUGUAUUAACAUGACAGCGAGGCCCCUUCUUCUUUACGCCGUGCAACGCCAGAUGGCAUUAAAUAUUGGGAACGUACAGAACGAAACUGCCGUGCGGUGGGAAGACGGCCUCUCGUCAGACAUUGUCGACAUAAUUGAUGCUGCGAUUUCAGCAGCGCGCUCCAGUGUCGCUAUUCUGAAGGCGGCGUCCACGUUUAACCUCGUAGCUACAUAUGGGUUUAUCGAUGGCGAACAGGCUUUUUCUGCAGCCUUGUUACUUGUCAUGGUUAAUAUUGCCUUCCCAUACACGGAAGUAAAUGCGUCUGCUAUGGACAUGGCUCUGCUCAUCCUUCAGGACAUGGCUGAGAAAGGGAACAAAUAUAUGCGUGCCUGUCACGAUUUACUCACAAAGAUCCGAUCAGCUUUCAAGCCGCCCGUGGCACCGGCAUGCAAUGAAGAAACAGACCGCGAGGAGGUUCAGAGGCAGCCAGCCUGGAUGGGUAUCGUUGGCACACCAGGUGAGCAGCAGCAGCAAGACGACUUGUUUCCUGGCGGUAAUGCCGGCCACCUCGAGGUAUGGGCCGAUGUCAUCGAUUCAAUUGGUAUCGAUAUGGAUCGCCAAUGGAUAGGAACGACACUCAUGCGCGACAACAUAUUCAACGUGGGGUCGCAUAAUGUGCCUCCUUGA